AUGUUUGAUUUGUACUUUGAAGAAUUUGAGAAGAGAAUCCCUCGUGCAGAAAUGCAGAAUCCCGAGUACGUCGGCACCAUCUGCGGCAGCUACAGACGAGGAGCAGAGUCGAGUGGUGAUAUUGAUAUACUGCUGACCCAUCCGGACUUCACCUCUCAGUCUGAGAAACAGCCCAAACUCCUUCAUGCUGUCGUGGAUCAUCUGGAGUCCAUCGGCUUCAUUACUGACACGCUUUCUAAAGGAGACACUAAGUUUAUGGGUGUGUGUCGGCUGAAGAAAGAAGAGGAAGAUGAAGAAGAGUAUUUUCCCCGCCGUAUUGACAUCAGGCUUAUUCCGAAGGAUCAGUAUUACUGCGGUGUGCUGUACUUCACCGGCAGUGACAUAUUCAACAAGAACAUGAGGACUCGCGCGCUGGAGAAGGGCUUUACUCUCAACGAAUACACCAUCCGUCCACUGGGCGUCACUGGUGUGGCUGGAGAGCCUCUGCUGUUGGACAGUGAGAAGGACAUGUUUGACUACAUCCAGUGGAAAUACAGGGAACCAAAGGAGCGCAGCGAGUGAAACCGAGACAAAACUCAGCCUCAAACUGUGUGUGUGCUGCUCAUUUAACUCAUAUUAGUGUAUUUUAAUAGUAGAAGACACAUUUAGGGAGAGAUGUGUGUGUGUGUGUCUAAAAUUUUAAAGUUGUGGAAGCAGCUACAUAAUAGUAGUUGAUGGUGCUUUUUAUUAAUAAUUGUCAUGCAUAAUAUUUGGUUUUAAUCCAAGUGAGAGAGAGAAAUUGCAUCACAAUACUGUGACUACAGAUAUUACAUUAUAAGAUCAUCAAUCUCUCAUACAGUAAGUAUAGCAGCAUACAUGUAUUUAUUUAAACGUACUCAACACUGGUAUGCAAGAAAGCAAACUGAAGAAAUAUAUGACUGAUGAUUGUCUGUGGUUGUGUUAUUAAAAAUCUAUUAUUACGUUAUUGGGAUAUUUUUAUUUAUAUAAUAGUCUACCAUAAUAUGACACAAAAGAUUCUUGAAGUUUGUGUGAAAAUUUGGAUUCUGCAUUAAAAAUCCAACAAAUCA